UUCAACUUUCAAGUGUGGAGUUCUUUGAGUUGUUGGGCUUGUUGCUGUUGCAGCAGCAAAUUGUCAGAGAGAAAGAAUGGAGUUAGACGAAUGGGAAUUGAGUGCAGAAGAACUUGAAUCCCUCGAAAUCGACGCUCUUCGCCAAAUUGCUCAACGAAACAAUUCUACUCCUACAACUUCAGCAUCUUCGACAAACCCUUGCAUUUCCGGCGCCAAUUCGCAGCUUCCGCCGCUCCGAAAUUCUCUCUCUUCUACUACUUCGACAUUCAGGGAUUCUUCACGAACUCAAAAUCAAAGCCAAACUCAAACUCAGGUGGAUGGUUCUUUAGGGUCCAGAGUCUUGCCACCGUCAGUUGCACCAAAAACAGCUGACGACUGUUCAAAGGAAAGACCAAAGCAUUAUGUCAAGUUCUUUCUUCAUGCUAGUGGAAGUAUAGCUGUAAGGUUUCCUUAUGACCAGGCUCUUGUAAAUGCUGUCAAGAAGAUUCCUAAAGCUACCUGGAAUGCAAAAGAGAGGCUAUGGAUAUUCCCAAUGUCGUCUUUGCCAUCUGCUGAAGACAUUCUCAGGGAAACACCUGGGUUGAAUAUUGAGGUGGAGAAUCUGGAUCCCUUAGUUCGGCGAGCUAUAGCUGCUGCAGCAGCUGUUCCAGAUCUUCAAGAUCGAUAUGACAAGAUACCUAGCUAUAUAGAAUCGAAGCUUCUACCAUUUCAGCGGGAGGGUGUCAGGUUUGCGUUGCAGCAGGGAGGGCGUGCUCUUAUAGCUGAUGAAAUGGGUCUGGGUAAGACUUUACAGGCAAUUGCUGUAACCACAUGUUUCCCUGAAGCGUGGCCGGUUUUGGUGCUUACGCCUUCUUCUUUGCGUUUGCAUUGGGCUACUAUGAUACAUGAAUGGCUGAAGAUUCCUCCGUCAGAUAUUGUUGUGCUGUUAUCUCAAUGUACUGGAUCAAAUAGAGGGGGGUUUUCAGUUGUUUCCACAGCCAAAGGGACUGCUCGUCUUGAUGGUGUGUUUAACAUUGUUUCCUACGAUUCUGUUCCCAAGCUACAGGGGACUCUUAUGUCAUCCGAAUUUAAGGUCGUCAUAGCAGAUGAGUCACAUUAUUUGAAGAAUGCUCAAGCAAAGAGGACAUCUGCCUCUCUUCCGGUUAUAGAGAAAGCGCAGUAUGCAAUUUUGCUUAGUGGAACUCCUGCACUGUCCAGGCCUAUCGAGCUAUUCAAGCAGCUAGAAGCACUAUGUCCUGGUGUCUACAAGAAUGUCCAUGAAUAUGGCAACCGAUAUUGCAAGGGUGGUGUAUUUGGAUUAUAUCAAGGUGCAAGUAACCAUGAAGAAUUGCACAAUUUAAUGAAAGCAACACUCGUGAUACGUAGGCUCAAGAAGGAUGUUCUUUAUGAACUUCCUGUAAAACGCAGGCAGCAGGUCUUUCUGGAUCUGGCUGAAAAAGACUUGAGACAAAUUAAGGCUUUGUUUCUUGAGCUGGGUAUGGUGAAAGACAGAAUUAAAGCUAGCCAGUCCAAGGAAGAACACGAGUCUCUCAAAUUUACUGAAAAAGGUUUGAUUAAUAAGAUAUAUACUGAUUCUGCAGAAGCUAAGAUUCCAGCAGUUAAAGAGUACUUGGGAACAGUCAUUGAGGCUGGGUGUAAGUUUCUAAUAUUUGCUCACCAUCAACCAAUGAUUGAAGCAAUACACCAGUUCUUACUGAAGAAGAAAGUUGGUUGCAUCCGCAUUGAUGGUAGUACACCUGCAGCAUCUAGACAAGCCCUGGUUACAGACUUUCAGGAAAAAGAAACAAUUAAGGCUGCAGUUCUGUCAAUCAAAGCUGGAGGUGUUGGUUUAACUCUAACAGCCGCAAGCACAGUUAUUUUUGCUGAGCUGUCCUGGACUCCUGGUGACUUGAUACAAGCCGAAGAUCGUGCUCAUAGAAUCGGUCAGGUCUCUUCGGUUAAUGUGUAUUACCUUCUAGCAAAUGACACAGUUGAUGAUAUUAUCUGGGAUGUUGUUCAGCACAAAUUAGAAAAUCUGGGACAGGUUCUUGACGGACAAGAUAAUACCAUGGAAGUUUCACACAGCCAACUAAGAAGUAGCCCUGCAAAGCGAACACUCAACUCUUACAGCUCUCCUACUUGUAGCCCUAAGAAGCAAAAAACAGUUAACUCAUACAGCUCGCCUACUUGUAGCCCUAUGAAGCAGAAAACACUCGACUGUUACCUGAAACGAUGUAGUUCAGAUACAGCUGAUGCCGAGCCUAACUCUAAACAUCCGUAAUUUUGACACAUUUUAUAACAAGGUCAUAAUGUACUACGUAGCUGUAUAAUUAGUUCUUUUGUAGAUGUACAUAAGUUCACAGCGGCUAUGUAAAUUGCAGAAGCCGUCUCCUGUUGAUAUCUGUAUCAUAUUACAACCAUGUACUUCUGAGAAAUGAAUUUUGAUUCUUCC